AAGGCUACAUGAAGACAUAUUGGCUGAAGGGGAAGAAGGACCUAUCGUUUAAGACUCCAGCAGAGCUCCGCUACAGCAGUGAACAGAAGGACUCAGAGGACAGGAGCUCCAAUGGGUCCACCUGCACCAACACCAAGCGCUCCACCUCCAACCUGAACAUUCCCAACGAGGAGCAGGCAGAGGGCAAGCCCACCCCCACAGAGCUGCCUGCAGAGCCCUUACCUUCACUAGAGGGCGCCCCCGAAGACUCUACAGACCCCACCGAGCCACAGGAGAAGAAAGUCAAAAAGAACACUAAGAACAACAACAAAGGGGGCGCGGCCAAGCCCGAAGCUCCUCCGCAGCAGGUCAAUGUGGUGCAGGAGAGUGCAGUGCCUCCUGCUGCUGCCCAGGAGACCCCCACAGCCCCCCCGGCCACCGCCGCCCCAGUGCUCAACAACAAGAGGAACAGCUUCAGGCAGCAUACCAAGCUGCCCGCACACCUUCCCAUGCACAGCACUUCCUGUUGCCUACUGUGAGAGGAGAGGCUAAAAUAAUGUGACUGGCCUGCAUCUUAUUGACAGUCCUGUGAAGACAAACCCUGAAACUGACCCUAACCUUGAACCUUAACCAAUUAGAAAAUUCAACAUGGUUUCGCUGGUCAGUCACAUCCCUUUUGUUUUUCCCUACUGUGAGAUGGACCAGACCAGAGUUCAAGACCUCUCAUCUCAGAUUAUUGGCCAGCCUUCCUGUUCAAUAUAUUGUAUGACGCCCUGUUGUUUAUCCUAUGUUUUUCCUUAGGCAGGACCUGAGUGUCCCCACAGCAACAUUCAGGGCAGCCCACACCUAAUGUAAUGUAUUCAUCCAUUUAUUCAAGGUGGAGUUAGAGGUAGACAGGGCGGACCACCCCACUUAAGUAUUAAUAGAGGAAACAUUGAUGCCCCUAAAAUUAAAAAAAUGUGACAUUGCUGAAUUUUUUAAAAUCUUCCAACAAAUAUAUACCGAUACUCAUGUCAAACAGUGGGCCUCUUUUGGUAAUACAAGCACCUGGCUAAUGUCACAGAUUUGUGCAUGUUGUUGAAAGGACAUGUCAAUAAAUGUACAGUUCAGUUUAUUACUGUCGGUGAAAACAAACAUUACAGGAUCACAAUGGAUUGGUAUACAGAGUAAGAUGAGAUGUCAAGAGAUGGUUGUAUUUUAUUUGCAUAAACUAGUUCUGAGAAGUCUGACCCAAGUUACAGUUCUUAUACUGUGUUUAAUGAUGGAAUAAUAUUGACUUUAAUAUUCAUUUAUAUAAUAGCGCUUUUCCUAAUGCUCUAAGUGCUUUACCUUUCUGUUUUGUAUUUGUAAUUUGUUGCACGUUUACUGAAUGUUAGCAUAUCUUUGUCCAUAAAAACUGUACAGACAAGCACGUCAA